AUGGAACUCUUAAUUGAAGUCAUGUUGAAACGAAUGCUUUUAGAUAUGAGCGACUUACGUAAUUCACGCAUGACUUCAAUUAAGAUUUCAAUGUCUUUUGUAAAUCUAUUUUCAAUCGACCCUCAGCAUGAGCUUGCCAGAUCCAAAUCGCUGUCUCUUUUCUCUACUGCAGUUGUAAUGAUCUCAGCUUGA